AUGGAGCAUGACUUGAUUGAAGAGGGAGAACUGGCUGAGAAGGAGUAUUUUCAUGUUACUCACGAGGUCCCCGCUGCUAUGGGAUUUCUAGGAAAAGAUACCAGAGACUAUCUUCAGCAUCUUAAUAAGUUAUACUCUUCAGACAUAAUCUUUUUAUCAGAGACUAAAAUAAACGAUGAUAGAAUAAUUAGACUAUCUAAUUUCUUAGGCUUCCCAAAUAAGAGUUAUGUUCCCUCUAUUGGUUUAGCUGGUGGUAUCUUCCUCCUCUGGAAGGAUGGCUUAACUUUGGAUUUAGUUGGUUCAACAGACAAAAUGAUACAUGUUAUUGUAUCUAACGAUCCUAGCAAAGGAGAGUGGUUCUUAUCUUGUGUCUAUGAUAGAAAUUCCCAAUCUCCUAAUUCUACACCUCAAGAAGUAUUAGGUGCUAUCAAUGAUUCUGGUUUAUCAGAUCUUAGAUUUAGUGGGAAUCCAUUUACUUGGUCAAGUACUGGUAGGAAUUGGAAAUUCUGGGAGCAUUGGCUUCAAAAUAAUCAAUGUCAUGAUGAAAUUAAAAAUGCUUGGUCUGCCUAUUACCAUGGUUCUAAUGCUUUUGUUCUUGCCAAUAAGGAAUUUUACACUAGGCACUGUUUGUCUAAAUGGAGCAAAGCUGUUUUUGGUGGUAUUGAAGGCAGAAUUAUAAAUCUGCAGUCCCAUAUUACCCAACUUCAAAUUUCAGAUAAAGAUGGCAGCAACACUAAUGAAGUCACCACCCUUGAAAAAGAGAUCAGUUCACUCAAUGAUAUUCUUGCAAGUUCUAACAGACAAAAGGCCAGAGAUAUUUUCUUUAAUGAUAUGGAUAAAAAUUCGAAAUAUUUUCAUAUCAGAGCUAAUAAAAGAAGGUCGAGAAAUAGGAUUGAUGCUCUCCAAUCCCCAAAUGGUACUUGGUGCUCAGAUAAAGCUUCUCUAGAAGAUCUUCUUAGUAACCACUUCCACAAGAUUAUGUCUACAUCUUCUCCAGGUAGCAGCUAUUAUUUUUUAAAACAUAUUCCUUCUAUCAUAACAGAUGCUGUUAAUCAAGAGUUGGAAGCAAUCCCGUCUGAGGAGGAAAUUUAUAAGGCUCUAAUGACUAUGGAGCCAUGGACUAGUCCGGGCCCGGAUGGUUUUCCACCCGGAUUCCACCAAACACAAUGGUCUAUUGUUAAGGAUGAUGUGUGUAAUAUGGUAAAAUCGUUUUUUCCACUCAGGCUUCAUGCUCAGGGAGCUAAAUAA